CCUCCCCGUCUCUCUCUCGCUCGCUCCGGCACCUCCCCAACACGCACCGAGAGAGAGGCGCGGCAAGGACAGGGACCUACCCCUCACCCCCUGCGCGAGAUACAGGGAUGGAGUCGCCGGAGGCGUGCUCGUCCGGGGAGGCGUCCCCCGUCGCGGCGGCGGAGCGGCCGUCCGAGGCGGCCGCGCUGCGGGCGCUCGUCGACCGGGUGCGCGCCGGGGAGGUGGAUGCGGCGCGCGAGGUGCGCCGCCUCACCAGGGCCUCCGCCAGGCACCGCCGCAAGCUGGCCGCCGCGGUCGAGCCGCUCGUCGCCAUGCUCCGCGCCGCCGCGCCCGGGGCCGGGGAGGCUGCGCUCCUCGCGCUGCUCAACCUCGCCGUCAAGGACGAGAGGAAUAAAACCAAGAUAGUGGAUGCUGGAGCACUUGAGCCCCUGCUUGGUUAUUUGCAAUCAAGUGAUCUGAAUUUGCAGGAGUAUGCAACUGCUGCUCUGCUUACACUUUCGGCCUCAUCCACCAAUAAGCCUAUCAUAAGUGCUUCAGGAGCAAUUCCUCUACUUGUGAAAGUCCUUAAAGAAGGGAAUCCACAAGCCAAGAAUGACGCCGUGAUGGCUCUGUACAACCUCUCCACAAUCACAGACAACCUUCAAGCCAUCCUUGCUGUCCAACCGAUUCCCCCUUUGAUAGAGCUACUGAAGGGUGGCAAGAGGUCCUCCAAAACUGCCGACAAAUGCUGUGCUCUUCUGGAGUCAUUGCUUGCAUUUGAUCAAUGUCGAGUGGCCUUAACAUCUGAGGAAGGCGGAGUGCUCACCAUUGUGGAGGUACUUGAGGAAGGCUCCCUUCAGGGCAGAGAGCAUGCUGUUGGAGCGCUCCUAACAAUGUGUGAGAGUGACCGCAGCAAAUACAGAGACCUCAUUCUAAAUGAGGGGGCGAUUCCUGGUCUUCUUGAGCUCACAGUACACGGCACACCCAAGUCUCGAAUGAAAGCCCAUGUUCUUCUUGACUUGCUGCGGAACUCCCCGUAUUCAAGAUCAAGGCUGCAGCCAGACACGCUCGAGAACAUAGUGACCAACAUUGCUUCCCAAAUAGACGGUGAAGACCGUGGUGGCAAGGCAAAGAAGAUGCUUGCUGAGAUGGUGAAGGUCAGCAUGGAGCAGAGCCUGAGGCAUUUGCAGCGCCGGGCUUCCUUCGCUUGAGAGGUGACCGCCAACCUUUUUGUGCAAUGGAAAUAGAAGAUAGCGCAAAAUAAUGAGAUUGCUGGUGAUGCCGGUCCAGGCCUUGAUAGGACCGAGUGACCGGUCUAAGCCAUUAUAUACUCGAAGCUCUUGACGUAGAACUCCUUUUCCGUCUCGUUCGCCAAUCUUGUGUGUCUUGCCCUAAAGAAAAGAGGACAGGUUUUCUUCUCUCACUAUUUUCCCUUCCCAAGGUUUUGUGCAUGUAUCAAAAGAAAAGAUGCAAAAAGAAAGACAUUUCCUCUGGGGAAUGGAUUGUAUAUAAAGUAAAGGAUCCCAUUCCUAAUGUCUUGAAAAGCCA